CGAUCUCUCUUUGGAUAGAUAAUAAUAACAACGCAACAAAUACUGCAUUCCUCGCACUUGGAUUACAGCCAUCACAUACUCCAAGAAUCAUAUAUGCACAGGCAGCAUCUUACUCUCUCACUCUUAAUCAGAUGGAGAGAGAGAGAGGGGUAGUAGUGGUAGUAGUGUACGUAGGUGUACCAGUGUAUGUGAAUGUGUGACAGGAGAGAGAAAGGGACGGCUGUGCAGAGGUGAACUGAUAGAGAACUUUCAGGCUUCUCUCUCCCCCAGCUACCAAGCUCUACUACUGCUUCUCUCACUCUAUCUACACCCCAAACCAACACUUUUAAGACAGCCGUUCCCCAAUGCAUUUGCUGUUCCCAAACUGCAGUGUCUUUUUGCUUUUGUGUCAUGUACUAAAUCAAUAAUACUUGUACUCUUUUCUCUCUACACAGUCAGGCACAUCACUGAGCUGAUGAGAGCUCUACUCAACGCGUCUCAAGUCGAUCUCAAACCCCACACACACAGCAUCCGAUAUAUAUCUCGAUCCCCUCUUUUCUUUUUCUUCCGGCCUCUCCUUCCAAAAGCCUCAUUUGCAUCAUAGUGUUCAGCUGUUUCUCUCCCUGCUGCUCUCUGCUCCACCAUGAGACAAGAAGGGAGCCCCCUGGACCUGAACAACCUGCCGGAUGAGUUCGGCAAGCAAACGGUGGAGAGCUCAACGACCACCGCCGCAUCCAGCGCCGAAGCAUCCAGGGUUACUAAGAAGAAGAGUAAUGGAGGGAAGGAUGAAGCUGGCAAGGUGUACGAGUGUAGGUUCUGCUCCCUCAAGUUCUGCAAAUCUCAAGCGCUGGGUGGCCACAUGAAUCGCCACCGCCAAGAGAGGGAGACCGAAACCCUCAACCGCGCCAGGCAGCUCGUCUUCGGCAACGACAGCCUCGCCGCCGUCGGCGCACAGCUCAAUUUCAGGGAUGUGAACAUGGGAGGAGGCGGCGCCGCUGCUCCUCCACCGACGAUGCAGAUGGGAGGAGGAGGCUUCCGGGGAGGCGGUGUCGGCGGCGACCCGUGCAUCCCGCUCCGGCCGGUGCAGCCACGGCUGUCGCCGCCGCAGCCGCCGCCGUACCACCACUACCUCUACACGACGACGGCGCCGCCGUCCGCCUUGCACCCGAUGAGCUACCCGGCGACGUACCCGGCCCCGCCGCGCCACCAGCAGCCGGCGGCGGUCGGCGACUACGUCAUCGGCCACGCCGUCUCCGCCGGCGACGCGCUGGUGGCCCCGCCGCCGCCGCCGCACCGCGCCAGCUUCUCCUGCUUCGGGGCGCCGCUCGCCGCGCCGCCGGCGAACGUGCAGCCCGACAACGGCAACUGCAACUGCAGCUUCGGGUGCGGCCACAGCAACAGGAACGUGAACGCCGCCUCCUGAGCUGACGCGUAGUAUUUACUGCGUUUGAUGUGAUUGCAGUUAAGUUAUUGUUCAUGUAAAUUACUAAGAGCCAAGAAAUUAGAAGUGUUCGUGAUCGAUAGGCGAUGUGUUAAUUUGGGGGGCAAGAGAGAUCGAGAUCGAUGGGUAGUUGUUCAUGAUGUUCAGUUUUACCUUUAAAAUCUACUGCUAAGUGAGGUACAUGUCUGCACUUAUUGGAUUCAUGUAUGGUAAUGUUGAUUUUUUGGUGUGUGAGUUUUUGGGGGUGUUUUUAGUUCAGAUAUGGAAUUAAUUUAAUCAACUGUGUAGUAGUGGAGAGAUGCAUUGAUGUUUUUGAACGCAUAUGAUUCUUUAAAAUGUAUAAGGCUGA